AUGCGAUCAGUACAUUCGACUAAUCAUACAUCGAAACAUCGGCGUCGUUUUACAACCGAAACGUUAUUUCGAGUGUUGAAUCAAACGACUCGUUUAGAAGAAUAUCGAACGUUUUCAACACCUAAUGAACAUGAUCAAACAAAUUCUUGUGCAAAUGGCCAUUUGAUUGAAAAUGAUCUUCGUCAUCUAUGGGAACUUUUAUCUCAAAUGAUUCGAAAGAGACUUCUCAAUCACGAACCAUGUUUGUUACCUGAACUUGGUGCUUUUGUUCUUAUCGAUUAUCCAUCAAAUGAUAAUCCAAAUCUCCAAUUGAAAGAACCAUUUUUUGUAUUAGAUACAACGUUCGCUCGUCGUCAUCGUUUAUCACGAAUUAAAAAACCGAAUCUUUCCUCGGCACUUUCUCUGUCUCUUCAAGCAAAUGGAAAUUCAACACAUAUCGAACCCAAUACAACUUUAUCAUCGUUUAAUAUGCAAACAUUGGAUUAUAUUUCAUUACAAAAUCAAUCAGGUUUAUCACGUGAACAAUUGAUGAGCGCUAUUGCACAUAUCUUUGCCAUAAUUGAUAAAGAAAUCAAUCCGCAUAGUUUUUGUGAUUUGGAAUUUCCUCAAUUGGGACAUUUUAAGAUUUUAUCCGGUCUAGCGACGUUUGAAUUUAGUGAAACAUUUGUAAACGAAUUUAAACUAACAUUUGUCAAAAAUGAAUCAACAUCACCAACUGACCAAUGA